CCCAGCCAGAGACGCUUUCUGCGCGGGGAUUCAAACGAGGCGGGCGCGAGCCGAGCGGCGGGGUGUCUUUGCUUCUGGUGUGCUGACGAGCCGUCCGCAGCCAUGGACCUGGUCCGAAGCUUCCACGCGAAGCUGCGGUCUCUGGCCAUCACACUAGACAGGGAGACGGCUCGGCUGCAGCGAGCGCUGGACGGGGAGGAGAGCGACUGUGAAGAUUAUCCAAUGAGAAUUUUAUAUGACCUUCAUUCAGAAGUCCAGACUCUAAAGGAUGAUGUCAGUAUUCUUCUUGAUCAAACAAGUUUGGGAAGUCAAGAAAGCAUUGGUUUCAUAAAGGCAACAAAAGUACUGAUGAAAAAAAAUUCAGUGGAUAUCAUGAAAAUAAGAGAGUUUUUCCAGAAGUAUGGAUAUAAUCCACGUGCCAAGAAAAAUUCAGUGGAUGAACAAGAAAUCAUGGACUCUGAAUCUGAGUCCAUGAAGCAUGAAAAUUUUCAGAUGACUGAUGUAAAGAACAAUCUGUCUGAUCCUGCUAUUCCAAGCACUUCUGGUUCUGAGAAGUCUCCACGGAGUCCACAACUUUCUGAUUUUGGACUUGAGCGGUACAUGAUAUCCCAAGUUCCACCAAACCCUCCACAGGCAGUAAACAACCAUGAGGAAGAGCCAAAAAAUUUAACUCCAUCUUCCAAACAGUCACUAGUUAAAGAACUAAAAACGCCAAAAUGUGCUCUAAAGAUGGAUGAUUUUGAGUGUGUAACUCCUAAAUUAGAACACUUUGGUAUUUCUGACUAUACUGCGUGUUUAAAUGAAGAUUACACAAUGGGACUUAAAAAUAUGAAGAAGAAUAAAAGUGAAGAGGUGAUAGGACCAGAACCAGUGACCAGUAAUAAUUUCUUUGCCACUCCUGGCAUCAUAAUCCAGGAUUUGAAAAUAAGUGAUGCCGACUCUACAAAUUCUCCCUUGGCACCUACAUUCUGCACUCCUGGUUUGAAAAUUCCUUCUACAAAGAACAGUACAACUUUGGGAUCCAUAAAUUAUCCACUAUCAAAAACAAAUAGUUCAUCAAAUGAUUUGGAAGUGAAAGACUGUACAUCAUUAGUUUUAAAUUCAGACAAGUGUUUUGAGAGUUUUGCGGAUCCCUCUUCUCCUGUAAUCUCUUCUUAUGAGAAUCUGCUGAGAACACCUACACCUCCAGAAGUAACUACUAUUCCAGAAGAUAUUCUCCAGAUUUUAUCAAAAUACAACUCAAACCUAACAACUCCUGUAGCAGUGAAAGCUGUGCCACCCAGCAAAGGGUUCCUCACUAAAUACGAAGGACCAAACAUCGGAGGUGUUGGCAACAAAGAAAACUGGUGAAGAGCUUGUUAUUCUUGGAGUUCAGAUUCCUACACGAGCAAGCUGGAAGACAUCGUUGGGAAUCCAAACCCAAUUAUUCUAGAAGUUUAAAAAUAUACAGUCAUAGUAUUGUUAUUUGUUUUGUUGAUGUCUGUUAGUUACACUUGAUUUUUUUUUUUAAAUUGUAUCUUUUUGCAGAAAUUCUAGUGGAUCCUCUCAUUGUAGACACUGAAUAGAUACAGAUGAAAGCAGAGCUGGACUUACUUUGUUAUUCACAUUUCCUUACAUGUUCCUCCCUUUUUAAAAACCAACCCAUAUUAAAGAUGAAAAUGAUAAAUAUUUUUUAAGUCGCCACUAUGCCCAAUGUGCGGCUUGAACUCCUAACCCUGCAAACAAGAGCAGCAUGCUCUACUGAGCCAGCUAGGCACCGCUGUUGUAAUAUGCUUUUUAUUAAAAUGUGAUUUAGUUUAA